AUGGCGAAUUCAUCCUUUUUAGUUCCACCAAACUCCACGAAAGUUAAAAGCGAUGUUUUUACAGCCGCUGGGGUGCUGGUAGUAACAUUAACAAUCACUGUAACGGUUCUAGGCGACUGUUUGAUCUUUGCUGCUUUCUUUUCUAGCGUAGGUAUCCGCACAAGAGCGAACUUGUUUUUUCUCUCAUUAAUCACUGCGGACAUUCUCCAAGCUGUUCUUGUGAUGCCGUUUGAGAUGGUUCGUAUCAUACAUGACCCCGAAUGGCCGCUCAGUGUGGCGGCAACAAAACUAUGGAACUCUUUGUUUGUUUGCUUUGGGACGGCGUCCGCGUACAACUUAGCUGCAAUCGGUCUAGAGAGGUAUCUUGUCAUAUCCCGCCCAUUCGAGCACAGUUCUGGCGUCAUUUCAAAGAAGAGUCUCGUGGCAAUAGCCUUCAUUUGGCUUUACGCAAUCUUGAGUGGCAUCUUUAGCUUAUUCGCCUGGAAAACUCCUCAACACGACGAGGAUAAGUCUGGCUUUUCAAUCUCCCUUUCCUACGCUAUUCCAUUACUGAUUUUAGACAAUCUUCUACCACUGGGUAUCUGCAUGAUAACGUACAUCCUCAUCUUUCGAAUCUCGCAGGAUCACUCAUACAGACUGGGCAUCCUGUGCGGUUGGAGUCUUGAUGGCCACAGAAUACGCAUUGCGAAGGAGAAAAAAUCUAUCCGAACUCUCAGUCUUCUUGUUGGCACAUUCACUGUGUGUUCGCUACCGUUUUUUAUUUUUCACGUAAUCGACAUGGCCUUCAAUGAGAAACUUCCUAACCGUCUAUAUGCGAGUCACGUGGUUAAAUGGCUGUGUUACGUCAAUUCUGCCUGUAACUGGGCGUUGUAUGGUUUUCUGAACCAGGACUUCAGAGACGUUUUGUUUGCUGUGUGUUCCAAGUGCCAGCUGCGCAUUCUGUCAAUUUAUGGGCGUUUGAUGAACUCCAAUCGUGUCGAACCAUUGUCGUAA